CCCCCUGAAGUGGAUGAGAAGAAGAGCCAGACCUCUGCGCUGUGUCUCAUACAGGAAGGAGCUGAAUAAGUGCAAAAACUCAAGGCUUUUUUGAAAUUCGACUGCACACUUUGCACUUUGGUUUUCUGCGCCAACUCGUAGAUAUGCAGAGCAGGAAGACUGAGCGCACCAUGAGGACUGUCGUUAAACUGGAGGCGCUCUAACGCGUGGAUUAUUUUGUACGAACGAAAAGAAGUGACUGAAGUUUUUAAAUGGGAAACUAGCUACAACUUUGUCCUACACGAAAAUGUCAGAACACCGCUCCAGUUUCCUUCACAUUGGAGACAUCGUGUCUCUUUACGCGGAAGGCGCAGUGAAUGGAUUCAUCAGUACUUUGGGACUGGUGGAUGACCGCUGUGUGGUCCAGCCUGAUGCCGGAGACCUCGCCAAUCCUCCCAAAAAGUUCAGAGAUUGCCUGUUUAAGGUGUGUCCCAUGAACAGAUACUCUGCACAGAAACAGUUCUGGAAAGCCAAACAAGGGAAACAGGGAAACAACAACACCCAGGCCGACCUCUUUAAGAAGUUGCAGCAUGCUGCAGAGCUGGAGCAGAAGCAGAAUGACUCUGAGAAUAAAAAGUUGUUGGGAGAAAUAGUCAAAUACAGUAACGUCAUCCAGCUUCUCCACAUAAAGAGUAACAAAUACCUGACGGUGAAUAAGCGUCUGCCGGCUCUUCUGGAGAAAAAUGCCAUGAGAGUUUCUUUGGACCCGGACGGAAACGAGGGCUCCUGGUUCAACAUCCAGCCCUUCUGGAAGCUCCGCAGUGAGGGAGAUAAUGUGGUGGUUGGGGACAAGGUGGUCCUGAUGCCAGUGAACGCGGGCCAGCCUCUUCAUGCCAGUAACAUUGAGCUCCUAGACAACCGCGGAUGCAAAGAGGUUAAUGCAGUCAACUGCAACACCAGCUGGAAAGUGACUUUGUUCAUGAAAUUCAGCGAUUACAGAGAGGACAUCUUGAAAGGGGGCGAUGUGGUGAGGCUCUUCCACGCGGAGCAGGAAAAGUUUCUCACUUCAGACGAGUACAAGAAGCAGCAGCACGUGUUCCUCAGGACGACCCUAAGACAGUCGGCCACUUCAGCCACCAGCUCCAAGGCCCUGUGGGAGGUCGAGGUUGUGCACUAUGACCCCUGCAGAGGCGGGGCAGGGCAGUGGAACAGCCUUUUUCGUUUCAAACACUUGGCCACUGGAAAUUACUUGGCAGCUGAAAUAAACCCAGAAUUCAAAGAUGACACAGAGCCCAAAGCUGAGCAUGAAAAUGGCACAGUGUACUCCAAAAGAAAGAGCCAAGCAGCGGAGAAGAUCGCCUUCACGUUGGUGUCUGUGCCUCACGGGAACGACAUCUCAUCCCUGUUUGAGCUGGACACCACCACUCUGCAGCGGGCCGACUGUCUGGUGCCCAGAAACUCGUAUGUUAGGCUAAGGCAUCUUUGUACAAACACUUGGGUAACGAGCACUAACAUCCCAAUUGACACAGAGGAGGAGCGCCCUGUUAUGCUCAAGAUUGGCACAUGUCCCACCAAAGAAGACAAAGAGGCGUUUGCCAUUGUGUCUGUGGCUCGAUCUGAAGUCAGAGAUUUGGAUUUUGCCAAUGAUGCAAACAAAGUCCUAGAAUCCACUGUGAGGAAGCUUCGAUACGGCAACAUCGCUCAGAAUGAACGGAGGUUUGUUACUAAGCUUUUGGAGGAGCUGAUUUUCUUUGUGUGUGUGGUGCCCAACAAUGGUCAGGACGUCCUCUCUGUCGCCACGUCAACGCCAAACCGCGAGCGACAGAAGCUAAUGAGGGAGCAGAACAUACUGGAGCAGAUCUUUGGCAUCCUGAAGGCUCCAUUUGAAGACCAGGGUGAUGGGCCGAUGCUGAGGUUGGAGGAUUUGGGGGACCAGCGUUACGCCCACUUCAAAUACAUGCUGCGUCUCUGCUACAGGAUCCUACGCCACUCCCAGCAGGACUACCGCAAGAACCAGGAGCACAUAGCAAAGAAGUUUUCCAUCAUGCAGUCCCAGAUCGGAUACGAAAUCCUUGCUGAGGACACAAUUACAGCUCUACUUCACAACAACCGUAAACUUCUGGAGAAACACAUUACGGCCAGAGAGAUCGAGACCUUUGUAAGCCUACUGCGGCGCAACAGAGAGCCAAGGUUCCUGGAUUAUCUUUCGGAUCUGUGUGUGUCAAAUAAAACCGCCAUCCCCGUCACACAGGAGCUGAUCUGCAAAUUCAUGCUGAACCCCACCAACGCAGACAUCCUGAUCCAGACCAAACUUAUAGCGAACACAGAGACCCCCCUGGAGUCGUCCAUGAUGCAGGAGGAGGCGGAGGAGGAGGAGGUCUGGCUCUACUGGAUCGACAGCCACAAGGAGCCUCACGGAAAAUCCAUCCGACACUUGGCCCAAGACGCCAAGGGCAACCACAAGAUGGACGUGGACAUCAUCACAUACUACAGGUAUCAGCUGAACCUGUUUGCUCGCAUGUGCCUGGACCGUCAGUACUUGGCCAUAAACCAGAUCUCGAGUCAGCUGCCCGUGGACCUGAUCCUGCGCUGUAUGUUUGACGACUGUUUGCCCUUUAACCUCCGCGCCUCCUUCUGCCGCCUCAUGCUGCACAUGCACGUUGACCGGGACCCCCAGGAGUCUGUGGUGCCCGUGCGCUAUGCCCGCCUUUGGACCGAGAUCCCAUCAGAAAUCACUAUUCAUGAUUUUGAAUAUGAGUCAACUGACACCUCACAAGAAGAGAUGAAGAGAAAGUUUUCUCCUAUAAUGGACUUUGUAGAGGAGUACCUCAAAGAUGUGGUCAGCCAACCAUUUCCAUUUGGGGACAAAGACAAGAAUGAACUCACACUUGAGGUGGUCAACUUGGCCCGCAACUUGGUAUACUUUGGCUUCUACAGUUUUAGUGAACUACUCCGUCUCACACGCACCCUGCUGGCAAUAUUGGAUAUUGUUCAGCACCCACUCACCUUCAUGAACAAGCUCAACAAGGGCCCAGAGGCCGGCAACAAUGUCCUGCGUACCAUCCAUGGAGUGGGAGAGAUGAUGACUCAGAUGGUGAUGAGCAGAGGGGUGCCACACAACCUUCCUGACUCCCCUCCCUCGCUCAGAUAUGCCAAGGGACAUUUUCUACCUGACAGCGAAGACGUCAUGGUCAUGGACACCAAACUGAAGAUUAUAGAGAUCCUUCAAUUCAUCUUAAGUGUUCGGCUGGACUACAGAAUAACUUACUUGCUCUCAAUUUACAAGAAAGAAUUUGGAGAGAAGAACUUGUCAACAGAGAAUUUGUUCAUACCGUCAGACCCAGACAUAGAUGAGAUUGCCACGCGGGCUGAGUGCAUGUUUGCUGGAAGCUCAGAAGUGUGUGCAGUGGAGUUAGAUGACGAGGGGGGGCGGACAUUUUUGCGAGUUUUAAUUCAUCUGAUCAUGCAAGAUUACCCCCCGCUGGUGUCUGGUUCACUUCAGCUCAUCUUCAAACACUUUAGCCAGAGAGCCGAGGUGCUGCAGGCCUUCAAACAGGUCCAGCUGUUGGUGUCAGAGCAGGACGUGGAUAACUAUAAACAGAUCAAGACAGACCUGGAUCAGCUGCGCCUGACGGUGGAGAAGUCUGAGCUGUGGGUGGAGAAGAGCGGAGAACUGGGGGUGCGGCCGGGCAAGGAGCAGAACAUCGAGGAAGUAGUUUUGAGUCCAGUGCAGGAUGGAGACCAUAAACCACAGAUUGAUGGCAACAAAGCAAACAACUACAACAUUGUUAAAGAGAUCCUUCUGCGUCUGAGUAAGCUGUGUUAUCCCAGUAAGAAGAGCCGUGUGCAGCAGCAGAGACUUCUGAAGAACAUGGGCGCCCACACGGUGGUGCUGGACCUGCUGCAGAUCCCCUAUGAGAAGACGGAUGAGAAAAUGAAUGAGAUCAUGACGCUGGCUCACACAUUCCUACAGAACUUCUGCCGAGGAAACCCUCAGAACCAAGUUCUGUUACAUAAGCACUUGAACCUGUUCCUCACUCCAGGGUUGCUGGAAGCGGAGACGAUGCGCCAUAUCUUUAUGAACAACUACCAGCUGUGUCAUGAGAUCAGUGACCGCGUCGUUCACCAUUUUGUCCACUCCAUUGAAACUCAUGGACGACAUGUUCAGUACCUCCGCUUUUUACAAACCAUCGUCAGGGCUGACGGCAAGUUUGUGAAGAAAUGCCAAGAUAAAGUCAUGACUGAGUUGGUAAAUGGAGGCGAGGACGUGCUGGUCUUCUAUAACGACCGCUCAUCCUUCCCGGUGCUGCUCCAGAUGAUGGGAUCUGAGCGGGAGCGUGGAGAUGAGGAUGGAGCAUUGGCCUAUCACAUGACCCUGGUGGAGCUGCUCGCCGGCUGCACCGAGGGCAAAAAUGUCUACACUGAGCUCAAAUGCCACUCCCUGCUGCCUCUGGAUGAUAUCGUCAAAGUGGUUACAGAUUGCCAGUGCAUUCCAGAGGUGAAAACUGCAUAUGUGAAUUUUGUCAAUCACUGUUAUGUGGACACCGAAGUAGAAAUGAAGGAGAUCUAUACGUCCAAUCACAUCUGGAAACUGUUCGACAACUUCCUGGUGGACAUCGCCAGUGUUUGCAACAGCACCACAGACCGUAACCAUGCCGAUCAGGCUCUGGAGAAGUAUGUGACAGAGACAGUGAUGGCCAUUGUCAAGGGUUUCUUCAGCUCACCUUUUUCUGUCAACCACUCCAACCUACAGACAAACCAGUCAGUCUUUAUUAAGCUGCUCCAGUCUGCGUUCCGACUCUACAACUGCACCUGGAUCAUCUCAGCUCAGAAGACAAACAUUGAGAGCUGUAUCAAAACACUAGCAGAUGUUGCUAAGGCACGGGCUAUAGCAAUUCCAGUGGACUUGGACAGCCAGGUCAAUACCCUGUCCCUGAAGGUUCACACCACCAUGGUGCACCGAGCAGCCAAAGACUGGAGGAUAUCUGCUCGAAAUCGCCCCCGUAAAGAACCCUUGGGCGGCCCUGACUAUAGAAACAUCAUUGAAAAACUUCAGGGUGUAGUGUCGUGUCUGGAGGAGCAAUUCAGUCCGAAGGUCCAGGCUGAAUUCUCAGUUCUGGUGGACGUACUGCACAGCCCUGAGCUGCUGUUCCCUGAGCCGGCUCGAGUCCGCUGUGAGAGCGGAGCCUUCAUGUCCAAGCUGAUCAAACACACCAAGACACUGAUGGAAAAAGAAGAGAAGUUGUGCAUAAAGGUGCUGCAGACGCUGAGGGAGAUGCUGGACAAAAAGGAGCUCUUCCAAGAGUCUGGAAAUGAGUUAAGAAAGAUUCUCCUCACACGCUACUUCGGAAAUCAAAAGCUCCUCUCCAAGACAGAGCACGGGAGUGGAAACAGCUCAUCCAGUGCCUUUGUCAAACCCUCAUCUGGAGGAGGUUCGCCCUUGUUGGAUUUUGACAAACCCUGCAGCAGUGUGAUGGAGAUCCAGUGUCUGCUGGACAGUGUGGGGGCCUCGGAGCUGGUCAUUGACCUGAUCGUCAGCACCAAGAAUGACCGCGUGUUUGAGGAGAGCAUCCUGCUGGGCAUCGCUCUCCUGCAGGGGGGAAACACGCAGAUACAGAAUUCCUUUUACCACCAACUCCACAAGCAGAAGAAGUCAGAGCGCUUCUUCAAAGUUUUCUAUGACCACAUGCAGGUGGCUCAGCAGGAGAUCCGAGCCACUGUGUCAGUCAACAUGUUUGAGCUGAGCAGCAGGAAGAGAGAGGAUGACAGCGAGGGGGGCGGGAGCAGCCGCUUCAAGAAAGGUAAAGACUCCAGCCUGCACAUGAGAGACGACAUGCGCGGUCAGCUGAAGGAGGCCUCCUCUGUGACGUCUAAGGCUUUCUGCGCCUACAGAAAAGAGCUGGAUCCUGAUAUAGAGGGGCUGGGGCAGAACAAUGAAGUCAUCGGGCCUGAGGAGGUCUUGGAGGAGACCCAAAUGAGCCCCUCCAUCGCAAUCAUGAAUCCUAUACUCCGAUACCUCCAGCUACUCUGUGAAAACCACAACUCAGAGCUGCAGAACUUCCUCAGAAACCAGAACAAUAAGACCAACUACAACCUGGUGUGUGAAACUCUGCAGUUUCUGGACUGUAUUUGUGGCAGCACCACAGGAGGCCUGGGCCUGUUGGGGCUUUAUAUCAAUGAGAGUAACGUGGACCUGGUACGACAGACACUAGAGACCAUCACAGAGUACUGCCAAGGACCCUGCCACGAGAACCAGUCGUGUAUAGCCAGGCACGAGUCCAAUGGCAUCGACAUCAUUAUAGCUCUAAUUGUGAACCCCAUAAACCCACUGGGGAAGAAUCGUCUGGACCUGGUACUGGAGCUGAAGAACAAUGCUUCCAAACUCCUGUUGGCCAUCAUGGAAAGCCGCCAUGACAGUGAAAAUGCUGAGAAGAUCCUCUAUAAGAUGAGACCUACUGAGCUGGUGGAUGUGAUGAAGGAGGCCUACACUCAGGGUCUGGAGAGUGAGGAGGAGGAGGACAGUGUUGGGGAUAAAAUCAAACCCAGAGACGUGGGACACAACAUUUACAUUCUUGCUCAUCAGUUGGCCAGGCAUAAUAAGAUCCUACAGCAGAGCCUGAGACCAGGGUCAAGCUCUGGGUUAGCAGCUGACCUGGACCACGAGAAAGACGACGCUCUACAUUACUAUGCCAACCACACCGCACAGAUAGAGAUUGUGCGGCACGAUCGGACCAUGGAGCAGAUUGUGUUCCCGGUGCCUAAUAUCUGUGAGUAUUUGACCACGGAGUCUAAAGUACGCGUGUUCACCACCACCGAGAGGGACGACCAGGGCAGCAAGGUUAACGACUUCUUCCAGCAAUUUGACAACCUCUACAAUGAGAUGAGGUGGCAGAAGAAGAUUCGCAAAAAUAAGGCACUUUUCUGGUUCUCGCGGCACAUUUCUCUCUGGGGAAGUAUCUCCUUCUACUUGGCGUUUCUGCUCAACGUGGUCGUGGCUGUGUUCUACCCCUUCGGCGAUGAUGAUGACGAGGGCACUUUGUCUCCUCUGUGGAACAUUCUGCUGUGGGUGUCCCUGGGAGUCUUCACCACACUGCUCCCCGUCCUGCCCAAACCGUGGGGCAUCCUGUUCUUUCUAGUCUCACUUAUUCUUAGAGCGAUCUACACUAUGGGCCUGGGUCCAGCUCUGUUACUAUUGGGUACUGUUAAUCUUUUCAACAAGUUAGUUUUUCUUGUAAGUUUUGUUGGCAAUCAAGGAACAUUCACUAGAGGUUACAAAGCCGUUGUAAUGGACACACUGUUUAUCUACCAUCUGGCUUAUGCCCUCAUCUGUGUCCUGGGCCUCUUCGUGCAUGAGUUUUUCUACAGUUUUUUGUUGUUCGACCUGGUGAUCCGUGAGGAGACAUUGCUAAAUGUGAUCAAGAGUGUGACGCGGAACGGUCGCUCCAUUAUCCUGACAGCGAUUCUGGCCAUCUUUCUGGUCUACUUCUUCUCAAUCAUCGGCUUCCUGUUCUUCAAGCAUGACUUCCGCAUGGAGGUGGACCGCCUUUCACCAGCAGAGAGAAAAGGUCUGCUGAGCAAUAAUGGACUUGCAAAAACAUGCACCAAGGAUAGCUGUCCUAGUUCUGGGGACGAUGACGGGACAGAGCGAGUGUGCGAUACUCUGCUCAUGUGCAUCAUCACGGUGCUGAACCAGGGCCUUCGAAAUGGAGGAGGGGUGGGGGACAUCCUCAGGAGACCCUCCAAAGAGGAGCCUCUGUUUGCGGCGCGAGUGGUGUAUGAUCUGCUCUUCUUCUUCGUGGUCAUCAUCAUCGUCCUGAACCUCAUUUUUGGAGUCAUCAUCGAUACUUUCGCCGACCUGAGGAGUGAAAAGCAGAGGAAGGAGGAGAUUCUGAAAACAACAUGCUUCAUAUGUGGCUUGGAAAGGGACAAAUUUGACAACAAAACCGUCUCGUUUGAGGAGCACAUCAAAUCUGAACACAACAUGUGGCACUACCUCUACUUCCUGGUCCUGGUGAGGGUGAAGGAUCCCACUGAGUACACCGGCCCGGAGAGCUACGUGGCUCAAAUGAUCGCAGAGAAGAACUUGGAGUGGUUCCCCCGCAUGAGAGCCAUGUCCCUGGUGAGCAGCGAGGGCGACAGUGAGCAGAAUGAGAUGCGCUGUCUGCAGGAGAAGUUAGACAGCACUGUGACUCUGGUGGCACAGCUCUCCAGUCAGCUGGCCGAACUCAAGGAGCAGAUGACAGAACAGAGAAAGAACAAACAGCGCCUGGGUUUCCUCGGGUCUCAGUCCAACCACCACAUCCCAUCACACUGAGGGGCUCAAAAGGCUGGACUUUUUCAUAAACCCAUCACCGCAGCAAGGCACCACCUAUGGGUGCACCUCGCCUUCACACACAGUGCCCUUUGCAAUUCAAAAUGGUGGUCACUUAGCCACUACAAACACUGUCCUCCUGUCUCUGUAACUGGUUGGCUUGUCACUCACCUGCCAACGUUCUGUCAAGCUGCCAGUUACAUUGUGUUAAACAUGUUAUGCAAUAUAAACCUUUGUAUGGAUUUGUAUGGACCAUUUUAGCCGUGAGUGCUUUUUGAAGGGACCAGAAGUGGUAUUCAAUGUGUAUGUGUGUCAAAUAUUUAUGUAAAAUGUAGUUAUUAACUGGAAUAUUUUUGUAAUAACAAUUAAUGCUGCCUUACUUAGUCAACGUUUUAAAAAUGGUACACCUCAUUUGCUAAUUGUGCACUUUUUUAAGAAGGGUUUUGCCUGGACGUUAACACAGCUUUGGGUAUUAUUUUUGCAAUCUUUGCCUUGUUAACAGUGCCGUCACUGCACCAUUUCAUUUGUGUUUUAAUUAAUGUGAAGAAAUAACUGCUUUUUACUUGAAUGUUUUUAUUUCCAAAUCUCAAAUCUUGGUGUUGAAUCAGUUACUUGUUGCUGUUUGAAUGUUUGUUUUUUUCUUCUAGUUUUAAAUUUCAGUCAAAUCCUUAUGACCAGCCCUGAUUGUAUUGUGUAUGUCCAACUGUGUGCGUCCUGACCCAUGUUUAAAAUGUGUAUAGAAAGUAUUUUAUCUUGUCAAUUGUAAUAAAUUUGUAUCUGGGAUUUUCUGGGAUCACUUUUAUACUGUG